AUGGGUUCCAAACUUUCUACAUUUGAGCAUCCAGAUUUAAAUGGAAAAGUCGUCAUUAUUACCGGAGCGACUGCUGGCGUAGGUAAAAGUUUGGCCGCAUAUAUUGCAUCCUAUAAUCCAAAAAAGUUGAUUUUGCCCGUAAGAAAUCUAGUAAAAGGGGAAGCGACCUUGGAACAUAUCAGAUUGAGAAAUGGACAUAGCGAUAAUGUUGAAUUGUGGGAAAUGGAUCUCGCCGAUUUAACUAGCGUGAAAUCAUUCGCUGAAAAAUUUAUCAAAGAAGUCGGUGAAUUGCAUUUAUUAUUUAAUAAUGCUGGUUUGGCCCCCCUAGAGUUGAUGAAAACCAAAAACAACUUUGAAGUAACUUUUCAGGUUAAUUAUUUAUCUCAAUUUCUGUUAACGAAUUUAUUGUUGGAUACAUUAAAGAAAACCACAUCUCCUGAAUUUCCCUGUAAAAUCAUUCAUACGAGUUCAAAGGAACACAGAUCAGGAACAAUUGAUUUUGAUAAUUUUAAUGGUCGACAAUCAUCAAUAAACAAUUAUGUAAACACCAAAUUAAUGGUGCUGAUAUUUAGUAAUGAACUGAACAGAAGAUUGCAAGGCACCA